UAAUACACAACGUGUGAAAGUCAUGCACUUCUAAUAUGGAUUACGAGUAGCUGAAAAUGUGACCUCAGUAAACACGAUGACAGUGCUAAAGUUGACCUCUACAGUUUUGGAUAUUCAUAUUUUAUCUUUGCGUCUGAACCUUAUGCCAUCGUUUUUACUUAUACCGAUAUAUGGUGAUGUUUUCUGAUGUAUCAGCAAAAUUAACCGAAGUAAGCUCUGCUGCGAUGUAAACUUUUACAAGGUGGAACCAAAAAUUUCAACUUACAUUUUUUUGCCGUAUAUUUUGCCGAUAUUAUCCAACCUUUUGGAGUUUAUGAUAGUACCGUGAACAGUGAUUUCAGGACCUAUAUAAUAGUGUUGCUUUCUUUAUGACUUAGUAUCUCCGUCUUCUUUUGUAUCGUUUUUCGUGAUUUGUGCCAAUGUGUUUUCAAUUUUUCUGACAUUUUCCGUAUUCUGUGAUUUUCCGUUUCUUUUGAUGUUGUGUUGCCGUAAAUUAUUUAACAUUAUUGCCACGAUAUCUCUGGUAUUCCCUUAUCGUCAGAUUGACAUGCAUUUCUUAUUCUGAAAUUUUGUUUUCAUUAGUUGUAUUCCUGGAUUUGUCUUCUGUUGGAUUACCACCAGUUUGUAUCAUCAUACCUAUAAAAGCAAACAAAUUAUGGAUACCAAAAUGCGUCGCAUGUCUCCUCUUGAAGACGAAGCCGGAUUGGUUGACAUGGACGAAGGAGACGCUAAAGGAAGAAAAAGAAAAUUGCAAAUGAACUUCGGGGCUCUGUGUGUCAUCUGGCUAUUCACAUUUACAGCAUAUUCUGGUUUGCAAAAUCUAGAAACCGCGCUGUACCAGGAUGUAGGUUUAUACACCUUAGCGGCUUUAACAGGUGGUGGCGUCAUCGCAUGUCUUUUAGCACCGACGGCUAUAAGUUACAUUGGAUCCAAAGGAGCUCUUAUAGUAUCCUGGAUAUGUCUUUCAUUCUUUGUAGCCGCUAAUUUCUUUGGUUUCAUAGGAAGUGGCUUUAAAUAUUUGCUUGUGGUUGCUGGCGGAGUUGAAGGUUUAUCUACUGGAUUAAUGUGGACCGCACAAGGAUCUAUAACUACGACAAUAGCCAUGGAGUAUCAUGAAAUGAUAGGGGAACCAAUGGAGAAGACCCUAAGUACUAUGUUUGGAAUAUUUUGUAUGUUCUUUCAAAGUACUCAAGUGUGGGGUAAUUUAAUAUCUUCUCUUGUUUUGCAACAAACAUCCCAAAUUACAAAACACGAAUCUAAUUUCACAUUCUGUGGAGCAGAUUUCUGUCCGUCAGAUGUUGCUGUGUUGCGAGGAGGUAAACACGGAAAUAGCACUGGUGGGCCGUCAAGUUUACCAGAACCUCGACUCAUAAACAUUCUGACUGGGAUAUACUUAGGUUCUACUGCUGUCGGACUGCUCAUAACUAUAGCCUUCUUAAAACCAGUGAAAUCUUCAAUGAGCGACAGUGGCGUGACACUUAAAGUCCGCCUUCUUUCUACUGUCCGUUUACUGUUUACCAAUCUGAACAUGUUUAUGCUGGUACCAUUUAGUUUGUAUACUGGUAUGGAGCAAGUUGUAAUGUAUGCAGAAUUUACAAAUUCAUUCGUUGCCUGUAAACUCGGUAUAGAAUGGAUUGGUUAUACAAUGAUAUGUUUUGGUGUCUGUGAUACGGUUGGCUCACUAUUAGUAGGAUUCAUCGGGAAAUUUACUGGACGGCCGCCAUUAUUUAUCAUUGCUACGAUUUUGAACCUUGGAGUUCUUGGUAUUAUGAGAUUUUGGUCCUUUAAAGAAGAAGUACCAUUUUAUCUAUUCUUCGUUAUACCAGGUGUAUGGGGAUUAGCGGAUGGUAUUUGGCAAACACAAAGUGGAGCCUUGGUAGGCUCUGCCUUUACAGAAGACCAGGAACCAGCGUUUGCCAACCUGCGACUGUUCCAGGCUCUGGGGUUCACUGUGGGAUAUCUAUAUAAUGUACAUCUAUGUGAAUACAUCAAACUUUAUAUAGCAGCAGGGACGUUAAUUGUGUCCAUGAUAUUUGUGGCUAUAGUAGAAAUCAGGAUCCGCCUGAAGAACAAACCAGAUGAAAGAUUAAUUUAACUCUUUUUUCAUUUCACGCUUUAAAAUGCAUGUACUCAUCUAAUCUUUUAAAUAUCUAUAUACAUAUAAUGAGUUGUGGGGUUAAUAACAACAACGCAAAUGACCAAAAAGGAGACUUUUGGUGUACUUUAAAUCAGUCAUUUCGUUUUGAUUAUUAUCAUUUUCUAAAUCUUUUGGAAAUCAAAUGUUUAUAUACGCAAUUUUAUUCCUUUGAAAAAUUAUCGAAAUUAACUUUAAGUCAUAUGAAACUUUAAAUAUAACAUCAAAACUACAAGAAGCUUUUAAAUUUUUUAUCAUUAAGAUAAACAUUGUCUGAUGAACAAUUUGAAUGCCCUCGUAGGUAUUUUUCUCAUUCUAAAAUUGUCUAUUUCAUUUUUUUUAAAUCCUUGUUGCAAUAAAAACAUUUAACUAAAAUUUGUACAUCGUUCCUUUUGUUACCUUGUAUAAUGUACGAACAGCUAGGUAGCCUUGAGAUUUUCCGUUGAUAUGUAAACCUUGGAGGAUCAAAAGGGUUUGUCGGCCAUUCUGCUUGUGUUCGUUGGUAUUUCACCUUGGACAACAUGAUAACAUUUGAAUUGAUAUUUACUUAAUUAGCAUGUUUGACCAUUAUAAAACAUUGAUAC